CUUGCGGUCUGUACCUAACAUCGCAUCCUGCACUAUAGCGACACCAGAACGUGUCGUUCUCAUUUGUGGCUCGCAUCGCCAUAAGCAUUGUGGAACAAAAUCACCGGCGCAAUGGAUCUAUAUUGGGUUGGGCAGCAUUAUACACCUUCUCGGCUUUGAUCUUUUUUUCAUCUAGGGGCACAAGGAUGAGGAGAAUACGGGAUUCUCCUCGACCCGGCGUUCAGGUUAAUAUAACUUGCAUGAAUUGGCUGGAUGGAAACGGGUUGACGAACGAUAUUGGCCACGCCCGGAUUCGGGGGAGGCGUUGAAAUCAUAUGUCCUAUGAAAAGGGGAUCUGCGGGACCUGGCAAAAGGACGCGCAGAUGAAAACCCAGCGGGGAUGUAUAAGAGUUUGGGUGAUAGCUAUCAAACCGCUACACUACCAAAGGGCAGAACGAUGUCAACUCGAAGGGUUGACGUUGCUAUCUGCACCUACCAGGAUUGCCCCACAGACGGUACCGUGACAAGAUGGUUCGGUUCCCUUGACUACGGUUUCGUCAACCAAGUAGUCAGGCCGCAGCCUACAUGUCAAGGUCCGGUGGAGAUAAUUGUUGUUACACAAAGAGAGAAGUGGCAAGACGUCCCUCGUCUUGCUGCUUUAUAUAUACGGCUGUGGCCCCCUGAGAGGUCUACGGGGCCGUACCGUAACAUUGCAUGUGGUGAUGUUUCAAGCAUCUACCAUCAUGAUCACCAGCAAUAUGUUAGUUCAGAAGAGAGUCCAGCGUUGUGUGCACUUUUUUCAAAAUUAAAUAUGCUGUCUACUAUAUUUUUUAACUUUGUCGUGAUGGUGAUUUUUGAAUUAUAUCUUAGGUACCUAGGUACCUUAGGUAGUAAUAGCUAAGAUUUCUGUGGGUGGUAAUACCACUCAGGUCAGAUAGACUGUAAUAGCAAUUGUGCUAUUAGGAAAUACACUUUUGGUGU